AUGUCUACACGCCCGGUGGCUGUGCGACUGCUGCUGGCGGUAUCCCUCUGCCGUGGACGCUUUGCUGCCUAUGAGCAGCUGCUCCUGCGCGAUGAUGUGGCGGAUGACGUGUUGCUGCAACUGCAUCGCGUGUGUCUGUUCUUGCGCAAAUGCGACACUGCCCGCGCAGAAAAGGCCCUACACAAAAUUAUCGGUCAACAGAAGCAAAAUGUGUUUCGACUCAUGGCAAUUCGUCUCACCGUUGUCAUUCUCGCACGGGAGGGCCGCUCUGCCAAGGUGCCGAAAGCGCUCAAGAUUGGACUGGACAACGCGUGCAAACUCGAUGCCGUGCUUAGCGCUGACAACGACAAGUGGCACACACCCUACAAGCGCAAUAACAGUACCCCUGCCACUUCUGGUGGUGCUGGUGAUGUUGACGAUGGUGCCGGUGACGUUGGCCAGGUAUUGCGUGGCGUGUUGCGCAUUCCAACACUGCUGCCGUCACGCGAGAGGCCAGCCACUGUACAACGCCCCUCCGUUAUCGUGUGCACAUCAUCACCACCGCCACCACGAUCAGCAGCCACACCGCUGCCACCGCCACCACCAGCAUCUUCGUCACCCUCGUCAUCAUCGUCCCGAGCACAAUCCCCGACCGCGAGCACGCCAGCAGUGGCGAGCGUGUUUGACGGUGUGCACCUGCUUCUCCACCCAAGGGCAGCGGUGCGACGCGCGCACUUUGAACUGUGUGUGAUUGCAGCCCGGACACACGUGCACAGGAGCGAGUAUGCACAGGCGGCGGCCGCAUACAAGCGCGCGCUCGUGUGGUCGCUGCGCCCGCGACGCAAUCGCCGAAACAGCGGUGUACCAGACGGCGGUGGCAAUGGUGGUGGUGGUGGUGGUGGUGGUGGUGGGAUGGAUGUGUCUGUAUUACACACGCUGGUUGGAUGCCUGCGUUCACCGGCUGUGGCGGGCACGGACCGUGAUGAAGGCAGCAACGAUGGCGGUGAUGGCAGUCAUGAGCAACAGAGUACAAACGGACACGCAGAUACAACAACAACAGCAGCAGAAGCAGCAACAGCAACAUCGGUUGCAUCGACGACACCAGCAUCCCCAUCACUGACGACCCCAAUACAUGAGCAGCAGGUGCUGUGUGAGCUGCUGUGUUUGCUGCUGGUGCACGGGGACGCGACGGACGACGCAGCUGCUGUGGUGCGCACGCUGGCGAAGGAUGCUCUGCCACCCGCCAUUGCACAGACCGUGCUCGGUGGUGAUGGCGGCGGCGCAGUGCAGGCUGCAGGUAUGGGGUCUUCAGCUGUUCAUGGUCAGAAGGUGAUGGAUGUCGAGUUGCUGGAUGCCUUCACGGUGGCCCUGCUCGUGUGUUUGGCCCACUCGUGCACAGGCGACGAGCCUGGUGAUGGGGUCCAGCGUGCGCGCACGCGCGCAUUGUGCUGGGAGCUGUGCUGCGCGACGUUGUUGCAUCAAGCAGGUGUUGCACACAGCACACCGCUGCAGGCGACGGAGACACCAAACACGGGUACUCGGGCACACGGCACGUCGGCGAACGGCCAGCCGCAGCCGACGAAGCGUGCGAAGCGACAGCAGCACGGACCUGUGCAUGGGCAAGGCGCAGGUACAGCUGCUGCUACGUGGCCCUCUGCUGUGGUGCUGCCGCUGCUGGAACACGUGGUGGUAUCGUGGGCUGUCGAUCUUGUUGAGAGCGGGGAUGCAAAGCAGGCUGUGUUUCACUUGCAACGUGCAGGCCUCUACCUCUGCUCUCGCGGCACCAUCCCACCUUUGUUUGCAUCCGCCCUUGGGUUGUCUCAAGUCGCUGGUAAGUCUCUGUGUACAUUUAGUAGCGUCGUGAGUGCUGUCCUCAUGCCACACUUCUUCCUCGUCAACUCAUGCCUGCGCUCAACUGCUGCUGCUACUGCUGUGCUUGACGAUGCCGACAUUUCAUUCCAAAUACACUCGUACAACGACCUGCGUCUCUGGCCACAACUGAUGAGGAAGAGCGCGACUUGGUUCAAGAUUGACCCGCAUUGGAUGCCGCCAGAGUUUUGCAGAUCCCAAGAACGCGUCACAAACACGACCGAUGGCUGCUUCGUUCUGAAUCACGAUCGGCCGUCUGGGCGUCGCACAACUUACAACACAACAGAUGACCUCCUAUCUUUCUUUACCUCGCCCCUUGUCAAGAGCUACUUCUCCUCGGGCCCAGAGAAGCAUGUGGCCUUGUGCUUCAAGUGGGAUAAUGCUGUUGGACUCUGCAGCGACUUUCCGGCGGCAAAGCAUUGGCGCGCACUUGCAGAUGCGUUCUUCGACCGCGCGACACGCGUGAUUCGGGAGCAUGGAUUGAAUGUCACAUUUGUGUUGGACGGGGCCGGCACGCCCACGAAGCGGAGUUGUCUCAACAACAGGUGGACGCCGCUUGUUGCCACGUGGAUUGUCGGGCGUGACCCAGACUCGGCACUCACCAGCAACGCAACUUCCAACGGUGACUACCGCUACCAGGUCAACAACAUGCCAGCCGGGAACCCAGUCGCCGCAAACCUACAGACACUUCGAGCCAAGGACUAUGGCAAGUUCUUGAACACGUCCUACCCGUUCCUGUUCUGGGAGCCUGCAGCGCAGCAAGACAUUGUGGACGUUGUCUCCGCAUACAAGCAGGGACCAAUCACGCGUGCUGGCCUUCGUUUUGCAACAAACAUCGACCCGGUGCAAGUCAGCCUGUACGCAGCCUCCACAUCUACCUCAGCAACAACAGAAACUCGAACAGCACUUGGUGUGAAGGAUAACGUGGCUGCGACACAGACGACUUGGCCACGGACGGCCUCACGUCCUGCGUAUGCGUUUGGUGCGCGGAGUGAUCGCGUUGCAUCCAACACAUCGCAGGUGUGGACGGCACAUGGCCACGCCAUCGUACUUGCGCCGUCAUCAUUAGAAGCCUCAGCAGUAUCGUCACCAGAAGCAGCGGCGGCAUCAGCUGGUACAACACCAAAGGGCACCACGACGGACAAGCUCACGUAUUAUUGGACAGCCACAAACGGGUCGCUGGUGCCUCUGCCUCUCAUGGCUGGGCGCACCCUGCUGUCAGUCAGCGUUGACCCCAGCGACCACAGCCGCGUGUUGCUUGCAUGCACGGACACCCUGGUGAUGUACACCUUGGGUGAAGCGGGAGGUGUGGCAGCCAAGAACGGCACGGUGGUGAACUGGCCAGUGACUGGGCACGUGGCUGGGUUUGCGCCCAUCCAGAGCAAUGCAACAGCAGCAGCAGCAACAGCAACAGCAGCAGCAGCAACAGCAACAGCAACGACGGCGACAAUGACCUCAACAGCUAGUGCUGCAGCGCUGUCUGGGGUGGUUACUUAUCAUGACAACGGUCACGCCGACCGCACCCGCACUGGGGACGGAGAUGAUGUGCAGGGUGAUCAGCGCUUGUGCUUUGCAGUCGUGCGCGUGUCGCGGUACAGCAGUGCGGAUUCGCCGACCACUGCCAUCACGAGCAAGGCGUGCACUCCUCAGACUGUGGCGGCUGCUCGUGUCGCUACGGUUGCAGUCACAGGUGCCGAUGCUGCCAGGCUGUGCAGCCACACAAAUGACGUGCUGGUGCUCGCAUCAGCAAACGUCAGCACCACCCAUGUCAGCCUGUUGGCAGCAUGUCUUGAUACCUCCACGAACACCACAACCAUGCUCUUCAACACGCAAACCUUUGCCACAGGAACGUAUCCGUCACUUGAUUUGACGGUACACAACUCAACCGCGUACAUGGCACUCGUCGUUCAGGACGCGUUUUGUUGGAACACUGAGACCCACAACAAACAGCCGUACCCUGGUGCAUGCGACAACGAGCCAACACCAACCCAGUUUGCGCUGUCGUAUACCGUGUCGAGCGUGACGGAUCUGUGGCGCCGUGUGCAGGCGUAUGCUGGCAGCACCGUGGCCACACCGUGCACCUACGCAAGCGCCGAUCCGUCGCAGCAGCAGCAGCUUUCGACGUUCGUGCACGGCACGUUCGGCGCUGGCAAGCACCCUGAUGUUUCCGUUACCGUAGCAGGAGCGCGUGAUGGUCUGGCGACCAGCGAACCUGUGCUGCGACUGCAGACAGCGCAGAUGACGCUCACGCACAGUGAUCCCAUUUCGUCUGCGCUCAGCGAAUGCGGCGCGCCCAUUGUUGGUGCCACCACCGUGGUCCGAGAUGAUGAACAAGAGCUCUCUGACGCUCUCCUUCACACAUGGCUUCUCUAG